UACUGUGUUUGAGAUUAUGUCGACUAAGUCGACCUCUACAGUUUGAAGUGGAUCCAUCAUCGUAUUUGACGAAACUCAAGAAGCUGUCUCAGAAUCUCCAGCUGAAGUUCCUGAUCCAACGUGCACCGCACUCGCGCAAGCUGUCAAAACAAAACCAUCCUCCUUUGAGGUUAAGUCGACCUCCAGUUCUGGGUGCACCAACCUGUCCCAUGUGGGAACCAGCUCGAGACGUGCGGUCGUAAAUAAUCGCGGCAGAAACGAGAAGAAACGGGGGGAGGAAAAAAUCAAUCAGCCCCGUGUGUCACUUUCAUUCCGCGGGAGCUUCCGGUGGCGCGAAAAUCGAAAGUGUAAACACUUCGCGCGGGGUUAAGUCGACGCGUGCCCGGGCGUAAAUUGGACGGUCGACAAGUGUGUGUGUGUGUCGGUGUUUGUGUGCCGGGCGGUGGAGCCAAUGAAAAAGCAAUUUCGGAAAAUUAGCUCCCAUCGUAAUUUGUGUGAAGUGGGAUUGAUCGGGCCUCGUUGACCUCCCGGGGCGGCGUACGUCGACUACGUCGACUCGUUGAUUGUGGGCGAUCGGGCGGAGUUUUUUGAGUGGUUUUUUUUCGAGAAUCGAAAAGGUUAGAUCAAAAGCUAAAAGUUUGUGUCAAUACUGGUGAAGUAAACCGUGAAGAUUGGCGAAGGAAAUUGUUAAUGAGUGAAUGCUGAGGAAGCUCAAAGAAGAAAGAAGACGAAGCAGCUGCAGUUUUAUCGCCGUCAUCAGGUGUAACGUCGACCUUCUACGGGGCAGUCGGCCAAGUCAACCCAUCGAAGUUCGCGCGCGCUUUUCGUCAUUACUUAGUCGUCGGUCUCCGAAAUCCCGUCCAAUCCAGCUGUGCUUCGUGGCUCAAGAAGCUGUCAAUUCCUGCAACGAGUGCACUUUGCUUUCUGGUUCAAACGUCGUCCGAAAAGUGUGAGAGAGAGAGCCUUUUAAUUAAGGCUACGUAAUUUAGUUAGCAUAACGUCGUUUAGAGCUAGUGAAAUUUGCAACCUUCUCGGGGCAGCCUGAACGUCGAGAAAAGGUCAGUCGCUGCUGAAAUGUGGGUUUCUUCUGUCGAAAACACACCCACGUGGCGGGACCACCCCCUGGAAUAACAACAACCGGAGCAUCCAAUCGAGCGUAACGGUGGAAAAACAUCAAAACAGCCUGCAGCUAUGCAACCCGGUCGAGCGUAACGCAGAACGUGACCUCGCUGGAUAUACAUCGCUAGAGGAACGUGAUUUUCUCGGAAUGAAAUUGAUGAAGAUGGGGUUGGGGCAGGCUAAUUAACUACAAAGUUGAUUAUAUUUUGCCAAUUGAAUCAACUGGGGGCAGUUUGUGUUUGAAAAAUGAAAAUUGAUGUCCUAAAAAUGUAAAUUUAAGUGAUGUUCUAAGCAGUUCUUAAGAAAGUCCAAAUCCCAUCGAAACAAGUGACCAAACAAAAAUCAAACCAACGAAAUUUUCCCCGUAAGCAAAAUGGCCGACUCCAGCUCAAGCGACGAAGAGCUGGCCCAGGCCGCCACCACCCUGCCCAAGUCCUCCACGGUGGCCCUGCAACGGCGCGGUCCGGCCCAGUGCCACGAGUGUUACGGCGACUGUGCCGACUGUUGUGUGCCCUGCUGCAAGGACACCGUCCACCGGUGCCACUCGGAUGGUGCCACCGCAGCUUCUCUCUCACGGAUUGUGACCGGAAAGAACCUGCUGACCCGAACAAUGCGGUACGCGCCCGGGCCGGCCACCCGGAAGUGCGUCCUCACGCUGGACGGGUACUCGUACGUGAUUGUGGCCAGCUCGCCGGAGAACAAAUUCACCAAAGAUGAUCUAACGGUGGCCCCGCGGGAACAGUCGCCCUGUUACGACGCCACUUGCCACCAGCAGCAAGGCUCGGCCGCGGCCAGUUACGGUUCCUGCUCGACGUCGGCGUCCUCAUCGGCGACCUCCCACCACCAUCACCACCAGCACCACAACCAACCGCCGUCGGAACAUCACCACCUGGUGCAGCAACAACAGCCGAGGCCCCCCUCGUCUGGUCCAAAUUGCCACCCACAUCCGCACCACCCCCACCAUCAUCAUCAUCAUCAGCACCAUCACCCCACCGCCGCCGCAACAACCCACCAGCAGCAGCAUCCGCAUCAACCGGGGUGCUCCUCGCCGGGGUCGUCCUUUGGGGAUUGCUGCGCCCGGAAUGGACAAAUUGCAAAGCAAGGAAGCCUGACGAUUGUAAGACGUACCAACAGCAGAAAAAAUACGCACAUCCUGCAGCAGCAGCAGCCACUCCAGUAUCAUCCACUUGAUUCCGCCGCCGACGGUGACUAUCAGAACCAGACCCAGCUGCUGGAAUUGGACGAGUCGUCGUCGUCGUCGUCGCAGCCGCUGACCGAAAGUGAACUCGCGUUCGUCAACAGCCAGCUCAGCCGGGAGCUCGAAAGUAUGCAACCCACGGGCGCCGCCGGCACCGGGUCCGGGCCCGGGUCGCCACCGGCGUCCAGUGGCACCGUCGUUGCCGUCGUGAACCGGGCCGCGUCCGCCGAUCUGCUCACCGGCGAUGAGCUGGACUCGGUUGACUUGGCCACCGACAAUCUGCCCGCGGUCGACACACCAGACGCAUGUGAUAAGGCCGCACUGAGACUUCGCUGUCUCCUGCGGCAACUGCAGCGCGGCGAAAUAUCCGCCGAGCUGCUGCAGAAAAACCUUCAUUACGCUGCGCGCGUACUUGAAGCCGUUUUUAUCGACGAGACAAAUCAAGAGGACGGUGGAGGUGGUGGUGGACCCGCCGGAAGUAACAAUAGUGGUGGAGGAGGUGGUGGUGGUGGUAAAGCAAUCAGUAACAACGUCGGAGAUAACAGCGGCAAUGCGGCCAGUAAGGAAGCCCGGCGGGGCGCCACGACGUCGGCCCCGCCCACCCACAGUGGGCCCACGGGACCACCGCUUGGGAAAACGACCAUUCAGAGGCGAAAACUACGUGCACCAGUCUGGGCCAGCCCGAUUCAUCGUCCCAGGUACGAUGCGAUUCCGUUCGCACAAGAUCUGACGCCGCCCAAGUCGUCAAACGUGCACGUGUCCGAUAGACGCUUGGCCGACGAAGACGAUGAGCUGUCCGAGGUGCAGCCGGAUGCGGUCCCGCCGGAGGUGCGCGAGUGGUUGGCGUCCACGUUCACCCGCCAGCUGGCCACCACCCGGAAGCGGUCCGACGAGAAGCCCAAGUUCCGGUCGGUGGCGCACGCCAUCCGGGCCGGCAUCUUCGUCGAUCGGAUCUACCGGCGCAUCUCGAGCACCGCCCUGAUGCAGUUCCCGCCCGAGGUCGUCAAGGUGCUGAAGUGCCUGGACGACUGGUCGUUCGACGUGUUCGCGCUGGCCGAGGCCGGCACCUGCCAGCCGGUCAAGUACCUCGGCUACGACCUGCUGAACCGGUACGGCACGAUCCACAAGUUCAAGAUCCCGCCGGCCACGCUGGAAACGUUCCUAUCGCGCAUCGAGGAGGGCUACUGCCGCUUCCGCAAUCCGUACCACAACAACCUGCACGCCGCCGAUGUCGCACAAACCGUACACCACAUCCUCUGCCAGACGGGGAUGAUGCACUGGUUGACCGAUCUGGAGAUCUUCGCCACGCUGCUAGCGGCCUUAAUACACGACUACGAGCACACGGGGACGACCAACAACUUCCACGUGAUGUCCGGAUCGGAUACAGCGAUGCUGUACAACGAUCGGGCCGUGCUGGAGAACCAUCACAUCAGUGCGGCGUUCCGGGUGCUGAAAGAGGACGACUGUAACGUGCUGCAGAACCUCUCCAAGGAGGAAUUCCGCGAGCUGCGGUCGCUCAUCAUCGAUAUGGUGCUCGCGACCGACAUGUCGUUCCACUUUCAACAGCUGAAAAAUAUGCGCAACCUGCUAACGCUGGCCGAGCCGCAGGUGGACAAGUCCAAGGCGCUCUCGCUGGUACUGCACUGUUGUGAUAUUUCCCAUCCGGCCAAACGCUGGGACAUCCAUCACAAGUGGACGAUGCUGCUGCUCGAGGAGUUCUUCCGGCAGGGCGAUCUCGAGCAGGAACUCGGGCUCCCCUUCAGCCCACUGUGCGAUCGUAACAACACGCUCGUGGCGGAAUCCCAGAUCGGUUUUAUCGAAUUUAUCGUCGAACCCAGCAUGGCUGUGUGUGCCGAUAUGUUAGAGAUAGUCUUAGCACCAAUAGCACCAAUCGCAAUGAGUAGUAAUAGCAAAAACAACAACAACAAUAACAACAAUACUAGCAUUAAAGCAAACAAUACUCUAAGUGUACCGAACAACAACAACAACAAUAAUAACAGUAGCAGUGGGGGCGGCGGCGGCGGCGGCAGCAGCCCAACCACAAGCAAUGAAGCAAUAGCAAACAACGGAGGAAGCGGCAGUAGUAGUGGGGAAACGACGGCGACGACGGCGGACAAACCGCCUACCAAACCGAAGGACGUCAAGAAUGGCGCCAAGCCGGACCGGUUCGAGAUCAAGAAGCCGUGGAUCACCUGCCUGGCGGAGAACAAAAAGAUCUGGAAGGAGCAGGCGCAGCGGGAUGCGGAAGCCCGGGCCGCUGCCGCGGCGGAAGCGGCCGCCAUCGAAGUCGCCGCCCAAGAGCAACAACAAUCAACGGACGACGGAAGCGCCCCGGAGGCGACGACCUCGGAAGUCAAGGACUAAAUUGUUCGUGUUUUUUAUUAUUAUUAUUAUUACUAUUAAAAAUAUUAAAUAAAUA